GCUUCACUUUGUCGAGCUCACCACAUGGCGCUGAUUAUCCUCUAUCACCUCAAGUUUUUAAUUCUUGGAGUGUCAUUUCAUCCUAACAAACGCAGGUAUCACUUUGGGGGGGAGGUGGUAAAAUAGUGUCAAAAGAAUGCCGCGUACUCGGCAUUUACAUUUGGAUAAUGUGAUCACCUCAAUGCCGGAAUUAGGACCUACCGUUCCUGAUGGCGGAUAUUCCUGGUUGAUUUUCGUCGGAGUCAUUGCAAUUAAGAUGACCGUACCUAGUGUUCUGGCGAUCUACGGAGUCGUUCUGAGUUACGUACACAUCGACGCUGAGCCUGACAUACACCUUUGGCAAGGUAGCGUCACUCUUACACCGAUAUUACUCCUCGCCUUCUGGAAUUUAACCGAUCCAUGGAGUCGAACAAUAGUGAACAUGGACUCGGUACCACGAGCAGUGGGUCUAAUCGGGGUGUUUUUACUUAUCGUCGGAGUCCUUGCAUCGGGGUAUCUUACGACGGAAGGAAUCGGAUCUCUUAUACUUCGUCUGAGUGCAGGCGGCGUGAUGGGAAUAGGUGCAAGUUUGGUAAUUAUGCAGAGUGAGAAUCUUCUUCGACGACACUUUCGCACUCGACUAGCGUUAGUUCUGACCAUGAAGCACAUAGCGAAUUCCCUCGGCAUAACAAUCGUACCCGCAUAUGCUUACAUGUUAUUGGAAAACGCUGGUCUUCGAACGGGGACCCUGCUUUUUGCCACCGUCCUUGUACCCGGCAUUCUUGGAGCCUGUACUUUUGAUGCUCCCGUUCUCAAGAGAACGAUGCCCUACAGUUUACUUAUUUCCGAAGAGGAUAACGAACUGAAUAUUCGGGAUAUUUCCGACGUCACGACGACCUCUCCAAACCCUGAAGUAAUUCAAAGACGCGCUUCUUACGAAGACGCGGAGAUAACGCGAGAAGGUCCUCCCACACUUUUCAGCGAAGAAAAUAAUUCUUACGCUUAUGAUGAACCAGCGGAUGAUAUCAACCUAUUUGUGACGCCUAUCGGACGGGUCGCAAGCUCUUGGACUGAGGAAUUCCGAAUGCUACUUUUAAUCAAGUUCUGGAGUGUCGUUCCAGCUUGGUUUGGUACAAAAGCGUCCAUGAUCUCCUUUUUUGUACUCUCCCCAUCAUUGAUACUCACUGAAGAUAAACAAGGGGUCAAUGCUCUCGGUCAAUGUGUUACGUUGACCACGGUUAUUGGCCUUGGAAUGUUGUUGCCUGGAAUCAUGUCCUACUGGAGCCCGAGGACCGCACGAUGCCGAAGCAUUUAUUUUGGCUGCAUGUGCUGGCUUGGAGCAGCGGCUUUAUUAGGCCUGGCUUUCAGUACAGACUACGCUUGGUCCUUGAUGUGGAGUUUUUUUGGAGGAGUUAGCAUUAUGGGAUGCGCAGUUGGUCAAGAAAGUGUGCUCCGAGAUUUGCUUGGGCCCACAGGUGCCAAUAGGGCUCAUACAGCGUUGAGCAUGAUCGUCGGAUUUAUUUUGUUACUGCUCAUUUUUGUUAAAAGUUUCCCCCUCUGUCUGCAAAUUGUGGCAAUAACACAACUAAUGGGAGGUAGUUACUGGAUCCUUAAUCCAAUCGUAGGUGCUUGAGACGAUACGAGUUCCGAUUGAAUGGAUAUUUAUGCGAAUGUAUUAGUCAUUAUCGUCUUCUGAUAUUUAAGAAAGAAGGAAUGCAAUGUAUUAUGUAUAUUUCUCAAAUCGUUUACAAUUGUAUAGAAACCGACAAUUUUUCUAAGAAAACCCCAGUAACAAGCAUGACUAUAAUCGAGCUUAAUAAUGUCACCUCAAAAUUACUGAAACGAGCCGUCUCAAAACUAAUUAUUCGAGUUCGUUUCAGCUGCAUCCCUUUGUUUUUGCAUCACCAAAUGCGUUGAUUGAUGAUUGGUACUAAUUGUUAUUGGUACUAAUCUUCAGUCAACGCCAAAUGUGAUUCAUGGGCGGUGAUCGCGAACAACAUGCGAUUUAAUGUAAUUCGCAAAACGUGAUAGUCUGAUCUGUAUCAAUCUGUGAGCGCAAAGGAAUGAUUAUAUUGUCAACGGUUAUUAACAUUUGCGUACUGAUCUAUUAAUUAUGAAUGACUGAAAGGAUUGCCAAAGACAUUUGGGAGCCAUCUAUUAUUGAAACAGGGUACUCAUGUCUAUGUAGGUUUGCCAUAUACUCAAUUUUUUUUUAGUUACGUUUCUAAUAAGGUUGAAAAAUAAUUUAUCUUAAAAGGUAUGGAUAACUUAUUUAAUCUAGGUUUGUUAAAUAUUUCCAAUUUUCAUGUUAAAAAAGCGAUGUUAUUGAAAUAUAUCACCUGCUAUAAAUCACUUUAUUACUACAUGGCGCAGAAAAAAUCUAUUCCGCAAAAUGAACUGAUGAUCAUGGAUAUGCAACAGUAAAAAUUGAUGAAUGGAUAUAAUAGAAGCUAAACAUAAAUGGGUAUAAUAGAUUCAGAAACAACGUUAUUAAAAUGUUUUGUUCAUUAAAUUCAGUUUUUCGCUAAGUUUUUGUAAUGGCCUUUUCACCCCUGCUAUAAUUGGACAUAAUUGAUUAGUUUAUACAAUGAAUUCAUGCUGUGUGUGCUUGAUAUGAAGAUUUGUGAGGUUCGAGACACAAUUACUUUCGAAUCAACUAGCGAUACAAUAAUCUUAUAAUAAGAUAGACAAAUUUACUGGAAUAAUUAUUCUGGUGGAUACGACUCAAUCUUUUGUGUCGCAUAAGAUAUUCAUCAAAUAUGGAAUAACAAUCAGUACGAUA